UUUCCUUAAACUUCUCCAUCAGUUCAUGUCUUCCCCGUUAUAAGCCAUAAUCUCUUCGCCCUUACAAAGCCAUCGCUCCCGUUCCAAGCACAACCCACACGCAGCUCUCUCAAAGCAAGCAGCUGAGGAUGCCGAGAGGCGAUGGCGGUGGAGAUUCCGCGUUUUUACUCCAGUCGGCGAAGUCGUUGCCACUGUGCGGGGAACCCGAAGACGAAGACGUCGAACUCCGCGGUCUCCGGACGUUCCUCCGUUGGAUGUGCCUGGACCAGUCGGACCGCUGCCGCGCCGCCGUCUCGUGGUCCGUGUUCCUCCUCCUCGCCGUUGCCGUGCCGGCCCUGUCCCACUUCGCGCUCUCCUACAGCCCCGAGCGCCGCCCGUACGACCUCGUCGCGCAGGUCUCCCUCACCUCCGCCGCCGCUCUCUCUUUCUUCACCCUCUCCGAACUCACCCGCCGCUACGGUCUCCGCCGCUUCCUCUUCCUCAACAAGCUCCCUGCCGAAUCCGGCCGUGUCCGCCUCGCCUACGCCGCUCAGCUCCGCCGCUCCUCCCGCCUCCUCGCCUGCUUCGUCGCCCCCUGCUUCGCUGCAGAGUUCGCCUACAAGCUCUCCUGGUACGCGGUCGGCGCGGGGCGGGUCCCUUUUGUCGGCAACCAAACGGUCAGCGGCUGCGUCGCCUGCGCCCUUGAGCUGGCCUCGUGGAUCUACCGGACCGCCAACUUCUUCCUCGUCUGCGUGCUGUUCCGCCUGAUAUGCCACCUGCACAUCCUCCGGCUGCAGGACUUCGCGGCGGUGUUCCAGGAGGAGUCGGACGUGGAGGUGGUGCUCAAGGAGCAUCUCCGGGUGAGGCGGCAGCUCAAAGUCAUCAGCCACCGGUUCCGGUCGUUCAUCUUGCUCGGGAUGAUACUGGUCACUGCGAGCCAGUUCGCCGCGACGCUGGUCACCCUCCGACCGCAUUCCGACGACAACCUCUUUAACACCGGGGAGCUCGCCCUGUGCUCUGUCGUGCUCGUCACCGGACUAUUCGUCUGCCUGCGCAGCGCCGCCAAGAUCACGCACAAAGCCCAAGCUCUUACCAGCCAUGCGACGAAGUGGCAUGUCUGCGCCACGAUCGAUUCCUUCACCGUAGAGCCCGAGACAAGCCAUGAGGUCGCUUUUGCCGUGGGCGAGGGUGCAGCCGACUCCUCUUACGAGGAAGAAAGCAGCGAAGAAGACGAUCUGGAGGGCACCAACGUCCUGCGUCCCCAUGUCCGUACCAUCACCUUCCAAAAGAGACAGGCACUGGUGACGUACUUGGAAAACAACAGGGCAGGCAUCACCAUCUUUGGCUUCACAUUGGACCGCGCAUGGCUGCACACCAUCUUCAUGCUGGAAGUGGUCCUGUUCUUGUGGCUCCUGGGGAAGACGAUAGGGAUCUCUUGAGCCUUUGCCUCUCUUCGUUUGUCGAGUGCAGUCGUUCAUGGGUUGCUGCAUGCGAAGGUGUGUACUUUUAAUUAAGGAUUUACCAUGUAAGUUUUCAUCUAUAAAAGGAUUUAUCGGUUU